GUUUUUCCAAGCUGGCUCUCGGGGUCGCAGCUGCGACAGGGGUCGCUGCGCGAUGGGGUGCGGUAGCUCACAAGCUGCCGCUGCGGCGCUCCCAAAGGCGCCCAUACAGGUGAAGAAGAUCCAGGCAACCCAAAGCACUGCCAAGCAGGUCGCGGUGGUUUUGCCUGGAAGCUAUCUCAAGUUGCUGGCAGAAAAUGAGCACUAUACCUAUCACAUCUUGGACCAAGAGACAUUCAGUAUGUUUCGACCCUUUCACUUUCACGUGGAUUCCUUCGUGGAAAGCGCCAUCGAGUACUGCAAGGCCAAUCAGAUUGAGGGUGUCUUUGGCUUCGACUGCUUUCCGAGCUUGGUCGCUUCCAUCAUCAAUACGUCCCUGAAUCUGCCAGGACCCUCCUUUCGGAGCGUCUUUCAUUGCAUUAGCAAGUACUACAUGAGGAAGGAGCUCUCGCCGCAGAUUCCGAUGACGGUGAUCGACCCGCGGAAGGCUUCGCCGCCCCAGAGCUUCCCUGUGGUGAUCAAAGAGAUCGACUGCCAGUUCUAUGUGGGCACCUGGAUCAUCGAGAGCGAGGAACAGUGGCAUAGUACCAUGAAGAUCCUCCAGUCUCGCUCCAGCGAGGAGAUCAACGCGCGGAAGAAGUUCUACUUCAAAUGGUUCCAGAAGCUGCAUCCGAAUGAGAUGCCGGUGUCACGUUGGGAAGACUUUGUGAUCUUUCACAUGGAGCCCUUCCUCCCCGGUAAAGAACAUCAGAUCGAGAUCGUCAUGGAGCAAGAGAAUCAUUUGCUCGUGGCCGACACGGGCGACAUCAUCAAGAAGGACGGCGUCAUUGGCAUGUUCGUGACGCCGGGAUCCUUUGACAUCCCCACCGAGUGGGCACAUGAUAUCUGCAAGAAGUUGCAUGCCAUGGGCUACAAGAAUCAGGCAAUCGAUUUGGAGUUCAUCUUUACCAAGGACGGGCCGCAGGUGGUGGAAAUCAACAGCCGCUACAGCUACAUGGGCUACUGGUCCUGGUAUGAAGUCCAGUCCGAGAGUUCUCAGCUGAAGCACAAGGCGGACCUCCGGAACCUGGAGAACCGCGUUUGCUCUUGCCUCGGCUUGCCGUGUCCGAAGUUCCCCUCCGAUACCAAUGUCGUCAGCAAGCUCGCAGUGGCAAUUUACACCACCAAGGGCGGGAAAGUGGAGGACAUUGUUGACCUGGACUUUUUGAAGAAGUUCGUGGCGGAGGGCUAUGCUGAGUGCUGGACACCAAAGCCUGCCUUCAAGCAAGGUUUUAUUCCUCCUGAGGAAUUCGUCUACGGCGGGGGCAAAUGGGCGAAGCUGGGCUUCAUGAUGUUGACGGCGAAGCGCACGGACUUCGAAGCCACCAACGCCAAGCUUCGGGAUAUGUACACGAAGAUGUUCAAAGAGCCCAACAGCUACCUCCUUGCGCAGGAUGAUGAGAUCGGGUAUGCCGUGGACAAACAUGCCAUCGACUACUAGGGUGACAGAGCAUGCCUUCGACUUCCGCCGUGGCCUGGGUUCUGCAUUUCAAUCGAUCAGACACCAGCCACAUUUCGGAAUCAAAAGACCAAAAAUUACUCAGGAGCAGACUCAAAUAGCCCAGCUUGUGCUCCAAGUCUGCUCCCACUGCGAUCCACCCAGCUUUGCAAGUUGGACGGAAGGAAUGAGCGAAGCUGUUCCUCCGUUACCGCUUGUUCUCUCGGCCGCAGGUGUGAACUGUGGGAAGUUCGUUUGGCGAUGAAGG